AUGUGGCUCUUCGCCUUCCUUCUGCAGGCGCUCAGCUUGCUCUGCGUCAGUUCACUUGCAAUUGCCUACAAUGAUCCCUUGAUCCGUCUAGACUAUGGAGCCUUCCAAGGCAAAUACGAUGCAACCUACAACCUUUCAUACUUCCGCAAGAUCCCAUAUGCCAGCCCUCCGACGGGAAUAAACCGCUUUCGAGCGCCUCAGCCACCCCACCGCAUAUCCAAUGGUGUUUACAACACAGACCAAGAUUUUGACAUGUGCCCUCAGCGCACCGUCAACGGCUCCGAAGACUGUCUCUACCUCGGUCUCUUCUCGCGGCCCUGGAAUCCUACAUCCUCAGCGCGCAGACCCGUCCUCGUCGUCUUCUACGGCGGCGCUUUCAUUCAAGGCAGCGCCUCCUUCACCCUCCCUCCAUCCUCCUACCCCGUCCUCAACGUCACCAACCUCAACGACUACGUCGUCAUCUACCCCAACUACCGCGUCAACGCGUUUGGCUUCCUCCCCGGAAAAGCCAUCAAGGACUCGUCCACCGCCGACCUCAACCCAGGCCUCCUCGACCAGCAAUACGUCUUGAAAUGGGUUCAAUCGCACAUCCACCACUUCGGCGGCGAUCCUCGCAACGUGACGAUCUGGGGCCAGUCCGCCGGCGGAGGGUCCGUCGUCGCGCAAGUCCUUGCCAACGGCCGCCACGGGAACCCGAAGCUCUUCUCCAAGGCCCUCGCCAGCUCGCCCUUCUGGCCUAAAACCUACCGUUACGAUGACCCCCAGGCUGAAGCUAUCUACGACACCUUCGUCAACCUGACCGGCUGCGCUACCGCGAAAGACUCGCUUGCUUGCAUCAAGUCCGUCGACGUCCAGACCAUCCGCGACGCCAGCCUCACCAUCAGCGCCUCCCAUCAAUGGACAACGUCCUCAUACACCUGGGCACCUGUCCUCGACGGCUCGUUCCUCGUUGACUCUCUCUCCCGCGCAACCUCCACCUCACGACUCCCUACCUCCUCGAUCUUCAGCAUCUACAACACCCACGAGGGCGAGAACUUCCUUCCCCCCGGUCUCAGCAGCACCGCAGACUCCCAAUCCAACACCACUGCAUUCUCCACCUGGCUCACUGGCUUCCUCCCCGGCCUCACCCCAUCAGACAUCAACCGCGUCGAAUCAAUCUAUUACCCGCCCACUGGAAACACCGAAACUCUCACAAAUUAUAACUCCACCCUCAUCCGCGCCGGCCUCGUUUAUCGGGACCUUGUUCUCGCUUGUCCGGCGUAUUGGAUUGCAAACGCGGCUAGUGAGAAGGGUUACUUGGCCGAGUACACGAUCGCGCCGGCGAAACAUGCAAGUGAUACGAUUUAUUGGAAUCGUCCAAACUCCGUCCAACAAACAAAUCCCUUAGUAUAUAACGGCUACGCAGGCGCAUUCGCAAGUUUUAUUCAAACGGGGGAUCCGAACGCGCAUAAGCUCACGGGGGAGGACGUGCCGGGGGUGUUGAAGUUGCGUGGGUCGGAGUCGGAGUUCGUGGUGAGGGAGACCGGGUUUGAGAAUGUUGGGUUGACGGGGUUGAAGGAGAGGUGUGCGUUUUGGAGGAGGGUGGGGGGACGGGUUCCUGUUUAA